AUGGUGAGGCGCAAGAAGACGUCCAAGGUGACUCCUGGCAUCGUAGCGCCCACGCCUAUGACAGCCGAUGGGGCUUAUCAAGCCGGCCCGCGCGGCUACCAGAGCUUUGCUCAGCCCAGUGACCAGGACAAGGCCAGGCGGCUGAAGCCAACGGGGUUUUUUGGAUCUGAAAUGCCACGGACGGCGAUCCUGGCCAAGGCGCCACCAGCGCACGGCGGAGGGCGCCAUGGAGGCGCGGACGACGUGCCAGCGGUGGAGGCACCCGCCGACCCGAGCCUUGCACCAGUCACAAUCGCAGACAUCAAUGAGGCCCACUACGCCGACAUGCCCCUGUCCAAGGGCGGCGCCAAGCUCAGCUCCCAGCAGCGCGGCGCGCUGGGGGAGGUGGCGGGCGCGCUGCUUGAUGACGAGGCAGACCCCGUGGCCAGCAGGGCCGCCUUUCUUCUGUUCGCAGAGGACAUCCUGCCGGGCCUGCGCGGCAAGGGGGAGGCGGAUGACGCGCCCUAUGACCCCGAGGAUGCCGGCCAGCGUGCUGCACGCCUCAAGGUGGCGGAGGCGGAGUGGAAGGGGCUGCCACCGACUGAGCGCCGCGAGUUCCUGGUUCAGGCAGAGCAGGAGCGCGCACGCGGCGCGCUGCUGAAGAUUGCAAUGGGCGGCGGACGCCGCGCCGGCGGCGCCACCAAGGCUCGCGACCCGCAGCGCCGCAAGCCCGACGGCUGGCACUACGCGCCAGCCCCGCGACGGUCUGCCCGCGGCGGCGGCGGCGGCGGCGGCAAGGGCGGCAGCCUGGUGGACCGCCUCAAGGAGUGGUCCAGCGACGACGAGUCGGACGCCGGGGCGGACGAGGAGGGGGAGGGGGAGGGGCAGCAGGAGGAGGAGGGUGGGCAGCAGGCAGCAGCGCCGCGGCGCGGCGCAAAGCCGGCGGCCAAGAAGGCUCCGGCCAAGAAAGGGCGCACCGCGGCGGGGGGCAAGCGGCGGCGGGGGGCGGCAGCUGCUGAGGAGGCGGAUGGCUGGGCGUCUGACGGCGAGGAGCAGCAGCAGGAGGAGGAGGCGCCGGCCAAGGGGCGGAAGCGCGGCGCCGCCAAGAAGGCGCCGAGCGCGGGCAAAGGCCGCAAGGCGGCCGCCGCGCGGCGGGCGGCGGGCAGCGAGUCUGAGGGCGACGGCGGUGACGCUGACGAGGACGAUGACGAGGAGCGGGCGGCUGCGGCGGCGCUGCGGGCCAACGACGACGACACCGGCUCAGAGGCCAGCGAUGAGGAGCAGAGUGAGGGCGAAGACAGCGAGGAGGAGGAGGAGGAGGCCAGGCCCGCAAAGCUGGCCAGGAAGCAGCAGCAGACGCAGGCGCGCAAGCCUGCGGCCGCCGUCCCCAAGGCGGCCGCGAGCCCCGCUGCCAAGAAGGCCGCAGCCAAAAAGGCGGCAGCCCGGAAGGCGGCAGGCAGCUCGGGCAGUGGCCAGGUGCAGGUGAAGCACAGCGCGCGCAAGGCGGCCGGACUCGACAUGGUGCGGCGGCCGCUGGCCGCCAACGACACCGCAGAGGGCGCCGAGCCCGCGGCCAGCGGCAGGGGCAAGGCCAAGGGCGGCGCGGCGGCGGCGGCGGCGGGGGCGGCAGGGGCGCCCAGUGCAACCGAGCAGGGGGUUGGCGGCCGUAAGAAGGGCGGCGGCGCGGCGGGCAAGCCUGCAGCCGAGCCCAAGACCAAGACCAAGCGCGGCGCAGCGGCCGCCGAGGAGGAGCCAGCAGCCAAGCGCACCCGCGGCAGCACGCGGGCGGUGGCCAAGGAAGCCUCCUCCCCCCCUGUGACGCGAGGGGCGCGCGACGGCAGCGCUGACAGCGGCAACACCACCCCCGGCGGCACGCGGCUGGAGAAGGACCUCUUCAGCGCCACCUGGCGGGCCCGGCGCGCCUAG